GUAGUAUCUGUGACCUCUCCUCUAUAAUUUUGUGUCAUUUGUGUGUAGUCUAUGAUUGUAUUUAAUUUAUUUAUUUUCUGUUUUCGUUUUCGUUUUCUCGUGGUUUACUAGAUGAAUUUUAAAUUUAAAUACAAAACUUGUGUGUGAAAUAAAUAGUAAACACUAGUAGAGAAUAAAAUGGAAUCCAGCCAUUUAGAUUACGUGGCCCAAGCCUGCAUGGAUUUAUCUGAAGCUAUAACAAGUGCAAGCAAUGAAGUUGAACGAGAAACUCUCAUUAUAAACCACAUGAAGAAGGUUUGGGCAGUUGUUCCGCCUGUAGAAGACUUUAAAAAAAAUUUGGAAUGGGUUAAUGUUGCUGAACCUAUUUCUCUAACACAGCAUUGCUCAGAGAAGAUUGUAGUGCUGGACUUUUGGACAUACUGCUGUAUUAAUUGCUACCAUGUUCUUCCUGACUUAGUGCAUCUAGAAAAAAUAUAUAAACCUGAUAGUGGGCUUGUUUUGAUUGGUGUCCACUGUGCAAAGUUCAACAAUGAGAAGAAUUCUGCUAACAUAUUGUCAGCAGUGCAUAGGUAUGAUAUACAUCACCCGGUUGUCAAUGACGCUGACAGUUCUAUGUGGGAAGCUCUGGGAAUCAGGUGUUGGCCCACUCUACUUAUUUUAGGUCCGGCAAAUAAGCCACUUUUUAUAAUAACUGGUGAGGGACACAGAGACGAGUUGGUGUGGUACGUCGGUUCUGCCCUGCGACACUUCGCGCCUCGCAUCUCAACAGCUCUACUGCCUAUAUCUAUCAACGCACAUGUGAAAGCCACAGAGGACGACAUUCUCUAUUUUCCUAGUAAGCUAGCCUUGAAUCCAUAUUAUCGAGGUCGUGGAGAGGAACCGUUCCUUGCAAUAACUGACACGGGCCACCAUCGCCUGCUAUUGACAGACUGCUCUGGGAUAGUUGUACGCAUCAUCGGCGGUACCGAACCCGGCUUUAAGGAUGGCAAACUGUCGGAGGCGCGCUUCAACUCGCCGCAGGGCGUGUGCUGGCUCACGAGCACGGUGCUGGUGGUGUGCGACACCAACAACCACGCGCUGCGCGCCGUGCACCUGGACGAGGGCAGCGUCGAGGUGCUGGUGGGCAAGGGGGUCCAAGCCGCUGUGGGCGAUCAAGGUGGCAAAUGUCUCGGGCUGCAGGCGCUGUCGUCGCCGUGGGACAUCCUGCUGUACUCCACCCCCGACCUGGACAUGUCCGUGCGGCCCAACGUGCCCCUGCCGCCGCCGCCGCCCGGACAGACUGCGCCGGACAAUGAAAAUGAGGACAAAAUCGAAGUGAAAGAUAUAGAGAAGCUGGACGAGAAACGCCGCGUGCUGCUGAUAGCUUGCGCAGGCUCGCAUCAGAUCUGGGCGCUGUUCCUUGAUAACACUAUAUGGUGGAAAUAUAAAUCAUUCUCUGAAGGUACAUGUAUCUGCGUGGCGGGCUCGGGCGCGGAGGCGGCGAGGAACAGCGCGUACCCGCACACGGCGGCGUUCGCGCAGCCGUCCGGCCUGGCGCUGCGGCAAGGCAACAACCCGGAGAUAUUUAUCGCUGACUCGGAGAGUUCGUCUAUAAGACGGAUGGCGCUUUCCACCGGGCAAGUGACCACCCUGUGCGGCGGAGACAAGAACCCUUUGAAUCUCUUCGCAUUCGGAGACGUGGACGACAUAGGGGUCGACGCGAAACUGCAGCACCCCCUCGGGGUCGCGUACUGCGAGUCAACCAAAACGUUGUACGUAGCGGACAGCUACAACCACAAGAUCAAGAAAGUCGACGUCGGACCCCAAAAAGUGACCACACUUAACCCAACCAAGAUCGAGACAACCGAACCGGCGAAGUUCAACGAACCCUCCGGUCUCGCAAUCACAUCCGAUGGCAAAUAUCUAUACGUAGCGGACACAAACAACCAUUGUAUAAAGAUACUGAAUUUAGUGAAAAACGUGUGCCAAGAGUUCAGAGUUCGCCUAUUGGAUCACACUUUCACUGAGCCGGAGAAUUUGAUUUUGUACAAAAAUGAUUUGUUUGUGAACAAAAAGUGUGGUCACCUCAUCAUAUAUUUUGACGUCAGUUUGGAUGGGGACGGCAAAAGGGUUAAGUUCACGCCCGGAGCGCCGCAGAACUGGCUUCUGUGCGUUCGUGACGAGACUAAUAAAGACGUGACUGACGAGUUCGAGUUCAUCAAUUGUUCCUUCAAAGGGACGAAGUUACCCGCGCGAGUGGAAUUGAAACUUAAAACUCGUUCUGAUAAGACUCAUUAUCGCUUGUACCUCAGUUUCCAUACAGCGUUGUGUGAAGAGGGCGCCUGUUUCGCGCACACGUUUACCGUCCGUUCGACUAUAUUAGUCCGAGAGUCUGUUAAGCCCGUGGAGUCGUAUAAGAUAACUUGUAAAGUGAACCCCCGUGUGGAAGCAAAACCUCCAAACAAAACGUGAAAUAAAACCUCAAUUUAUAAUGUAUAAUAUUUUGGGUUUCGGUUACCGUAAUUUAGUUUUGUAAAUAUGCAAAUAAAAGUAUUCAUGUAUCAUAAUAUUCAUUAACCCGUCAAUGGUGAUGCAUGUGUCUGUGAGUGAGACCGAGUGAUUUUAAAAAUUCGAACGAUUUUCAUUGUGAUUUUGAAUAUCUGCCGCAUUACCCUUUCCCCAUCCUCCACAAAACUUGGUUUUGGAAUUUUGGUACCAACCCGGUCUGUGAGACCAGGGUCACUGUUUUUACUAAAGUAAACUUGUCAUCGUUGAACCUAGUAGAAUAUUCGCAUAUGUUUUUGUUUUUGUUAGUAGAAUGCCAUUUUUGUUACUUUUAUGUAAGUUACUGUUACCUAAUUAACGAUAAAGCUUGAAGUCAUUUUAAAUGACUUCAAGCCGCCAAAUUUAAAAAAUCAUUUAAACAAAUUUAAAAAAACAUUCGUUUUUAAAAUUUAUAAUUUGUUUACAUUUAUUGUUUGUGAAUACAUUACUACCCAUAAAUAAGUAUUAAUCUCAGUUAUUGCAAUAUUUGCACAAUAAUUUUCAGAAUUUACUCUGAUUUUUUUUUUAAUUUGGCGGGCGAUUUCAGUCUAUCAUUAGCCAAACUCUAAUAAUUAGUAAAAUUUCACUAAACGAGCAGUGAUUAAUUAUCUUUGUUUGUGAAAAAAUAAAUAGUCAAUAUUUAAAACAUUCUGAAAAAUAUUCCAUUGAAAAACACGGUGCGUCGGAUUGACAUCAACGUUGGCGGGUUAAUGUCAAACCACAAAACAGAGUCCUCGACUGUAAAGACAGUAAAGGGCGACUGUUUUGAUUGAUUAUUGACUCUUCAUUGAUCAUUAUCAAUUGCUAGAUAUAAUAUCCUAGACCAACGGAUUAAGGUGCUCUCAGAGGCAUGGGAAUACUUAAACUUCCCAAUGGGGAUGAUGACUAGGUUUGAAUAUAUUGAUUUUUAUGAUACAUUCGGGUAAAUAAGGUCAAUGUUAACUAAUUUAUACAUAAAAAGCAAAGAUUGUCUGGAUAUUUGAAAAAUAAGAUUAUAAAAUUUCAAAAUCUAUUAAAUUUUUUUUAUCGUAAUUAGAUGAAAAUUCAUACAGUUUUAGCUUCCUUACAUUAAAUGUGACAUUUUUUAAUAAAUGAACUAUAAACAUAAAUGCACAAAUAACAAAGAUAUUAGUAAUUUUGUUUAAACGCCCAUACAAACCUAACGAUCAGCGAGCCAACGACGUCAUUAAACCGUGCCAUUUUGUAUGGAGCGUUUUUCAAGGAUCCGCAGCAGCGCCGCAAAUCUGACCCUUUAAAUCCCUGUAGCUCCGAAAGUAAUGAUCGCAGAUACCCUGUUCCUUUUACAAAAUUGCUUUGCUAUUAGUAUACUCUUAAUUUAUAUACAAUUUAAAAAACGGUCAUCAUCCCUAUUCCGGGCUGAAAAUUACUGGGCUGGCCUAAAAAGGCUGAUAAUGUUGGUGGUGUAAUUAGAAUUGGUGUAAUUGGAAUGCAACCCAGUGAGUGAUUAUAAUUAAUUCGAAAAUUUCUGACUGAAAGUCGGAUAUUGUCUAAUAAAAUUUCCAUUUGAUUAGAAGGACUUUAAUUUUACACCUGUUCAACCAUAAUGCACUUUUUUUUACAUUAUAUAACAUUUUCUUUGCACUUACUUAAAAAAAUGUGGCACUGAUUCAUUAUUUUUUUAUUUUUAUACUGGCAAUAAUAGUAUUAACUUUAAGUUAUAAAAAUAAUAUUAGUUUAAUUUUGUUUUAAGCAUAUAUAUUUUUGCUUCAGCAAAAUAUUUUUAUUGUGUUGUAUUUUAUUAAAUAAAUUGAUAACUUAUAA